UUUUUUUUUUUUUUUUUUUUUUUUUUUUUUUUUUUUUUCUUCUUUCCCCCGGGGUGUUGGUUGCCUUUUCUGUUGUUCGUUUGGUUUGUUUUGCAACUCCACUUUUAUUUGUGAACAGUUAUUUCUAGCCCCCAACCCCCCUUCCUUCGUUCCCAAUUCCUUCCCCGCUCCUUGCCACCUCCACGUCGCUGAUGCCUCUGCAAAAAGCAGAGUCAAGACGGCUCAGUUAGCAGCAUGUCUCGUCGGAAGCAAGCGAAACCCCAGCAUCUCAAAUCGGACGAAGAGCUGCAAGCAGAGGUAGUUUCUGAGCACGCAGUCCCAGGAGAAGGAGCAGAUGACGGUGAUAGCGGGAACGAGAGCAGGAGCGGAAGCGAAGAAACCAACGUCUGUGAGAAAUGCUGCGCCGAGUUCUUCAAGUGGACAGACUUCCUGGAGCACAAGAAGAGCUGCACUAAAAACCCCCUGGUGCUGAUUGUCAACGAAGAUGAACCAGCCCCACCCCCCGCUGAGGAAUUCCCUGAGCCCUCUCCCGCGAGCUCUCCCAGUGACCAGGCAGAGAGUGAAGCUGCUGAAGAAGGCGUACAGGCAGAAAACAAUGAUAGCUCUGAGGUAAAAAACACGGAAAAAGAAGAAGAGCCAAUGGAGGUAGAAACUUCUGCAGAGAAAGGUUUCCAGAAUCAAGGCACCUCAAACACAGCUACUCCUCUACCUCAGAUCCCUGAACCAUCUUCCAUGACAAGCUAUAACAUGCCAAACACCAAUGUCACGCUAGAGACUCUGCUGAGCACUAAAGUGGCAGUCGCGCAGUUCUCGCAGAGCGCACGGGCCACUGCUUCCGCAAGCAUCAGCAGCGGGGUGACGGCUGUGGCAAUCCCCAUGAUUCUGGAGCAGCUCAUGGCCCUGCAGCAGCAGCAGAUUCACCAGCUCCAGCUGAUAGAGCAGAUCCGCAGUCAGGUUGCAAUGAUGAACCGCCAACCCCUGCGACCAUCCCUCAACCAGAUUGUGGCUGCCCAGGGUGGUCCUGGGCAGGCCUCCAACCAGCUGCAGGGGUUUGCCACCAGCGCUGCCGUCCAGCUCACUGCAGUCAUUCCUUCUGCCAUUGUGGGGCAGGCCACCAGCGGUCAGCCCACUGCCUUCGACGGGUCUCAGCACAUCUCGAGACCUACAUCUGGAGCAAGUACACCCAAUAUAUCUGGCAGUGGCUCUUCUGCCCUGCCUGAGUCAGGUGUACCUUCUUCCUCGAACGCAAUUACGUCCAUAACUCCUGUUUCUGUGUCAAAUGCUCCUAACAGCGCUUCGCAGCCCCAGAAUGCUUCGACUCCACCUUCAAUAGGACAUGGAAGCCUCACCUCAGUAUCCAGCCUGCCAAACCCACUUCUACCUCAGACUUCGUCAAAUAGUGUGAUCUUCCCCAAUCCGCUGGUUAGCAUCGCCGCCACUGCUAACGCGCUCGAUCCUCUGUCCGCCCUUAUGAAGCACCGCAAAGGAAAGCCACCAAAUGUGUCAGUGUUUGAACCCAAGUCAAGCUCCGAGGAUCCCUUUUUUAAACAUAAAUGCCGAUUUUGUGCCAAGGUCUUUGGAAGUGACAGCGCUUUACAAAUUCACCUCCGCUCACAUACAGGCGAAAGACCUUUUAAGUGUAACAUAUGUGGAAACCGCUUUUCCACAAAGGGCAACCUGAAAGUUCAUUUUCAGAGGCAUAAAGAGAAAUACCCUCAUAUUCAGAUGAACCCUUAUCCUGUUCCAGAAUACCUCGAUAAUGUGCCCACCUGCUCUGGAAUCCCGUAUGGGAUGUCACUGCCUCCUGAAAAGCCUGUCACAACAUGGUUGGACAGUAAGCCUGUUUUACCAACCGUCCCGACUUCCAUCGGGCUCCAGCUGCCCCCCACCAUACCUGGUGUGAACAGUUAUGGAGACUCUCCAAGUAUCACUCCUAUGAGCAGGUCACCUCAGAGGCCUUCUCCUGCCUCCAGUGAAUGCACUUCUCUAUCCCCGAGUCUCAACACUUCUGAGUCAGGUGUUCCAGCAUCUGCUGAAUCCCCACAGCCCAUUCAGAGUGGCACAUCUCUGAUAAAGGCAGAACCCGUCACUCUGCCUCCCACGAGCACACGGCUCGGCGACCUUUCUGCAGGUGGACAAGUUUCUGCAGCUUCCACAUCUUCAAUUCCUACAGUGGUUACAGACAGCAGUGUUGCAACAAGCCUCCCAAACCCUGUGCUUCCAGCAGUGUCUGACCAGUUUAAGGCAAAGUUUCCAUUUGGUGGUCUGCUAGACUCUAUGCAAACAUCAGAAACCUCAAAACUACAACAGCUAGUGGAGAACAUUGAUAAGAAGAUGACAGAUCCAAAUCAAUGCGUCAUUUGUCACCGUGUGCUUAGUUGUCAGAGCGCUCUCAAGAUGCAUUAUAGAACACAUACAGGAGAAAGACCAUUUAAAUGCAAAAUUUGUGGACGUGCCUUUACUACAAAAGGCAAUCUAAAAACGCAUUUUGGAGUUCAUCGAGCAAAGCCACCACUUAGAGUACAGCACUCGUGUCCCAUUUGUCAGAAGAAAUUUACAAACGCAGUUGUUCUUCAGCAACACAUUCGUAUGCAUAUGGGUGGGCAAAUUCCAAACACGCCACUACCAGAGGGCUUCCAGGAUGCCAUGGACUCAGAGCUUUCCUAUGAUGAGAAGAAUGUCGACACACUGAGCAACUUUGAUGAUGACAUUGAUGAAAAUUCUAUGGAAGAGGACCCAGAACUAAAGGACACAGCAAGUGAUUCAUCCAAACCCCUUAUCUCUUACUCUGGGUCAUGUCCUUCUUCUCCACCUUCUGUGAUCUCCAGUAUUGCUGCUUUGGAGAAUCAAAUGAAAAUGAUUGAUUCUGUCAUGAACUGUCAGCAGCUGACCAGUUUAAAAUCCAUAGAAAAUGGAUCAGGGGAAAGUGACCAUUUGAGCAAUGACUCCUCAUCAGCCGUUGGUGAUCUUGAAAGCCAGAGUGCAGGCAGCCCUGCAAUGUCAGAGUCUUCUUCUUCCAUGCAAGCUUUGUCUCCUGUGAAUAGCAAUAGUGAAAGUUUCAGAUCUAAGUCCCCGGGUCUCAGUAACCAGGAAGAGCCACAAGAAAUACAAUUAAAGACAGAAAAACCAGACAGUCCACCACCCACAACUGAAAAUGGAGGCGCAUUAGAUCUGACAUCCACCAACCCGGGAAGACCAGUCAUCAAAGAGGAGGCUCCUUUUAGUCUGCUGUUCCUGAACAGAGAACGUGGUCCCAGCCAAAGUACUCCUAGCCUGGUCACCAGUACAGCACCUACCAUGAUCAAAAUGGAAGUGAAUGGUCACAGCAAGCCGAUCUCUUUGGGUGAGGUUCCCUCGCUUCCAGCUGGAAUCCAGGUUCCUGCUGCACCACAGACAGUGAUGAGUCCGGGGAUCACCCCUAUGCUGGCACCCCCCCCUCGCCGGACUCCCAAGCAGCACAACUGUCAGUCGUGCGGGAAGACCUUCUCCUCAGCAAGUGCACUGCAGAUACACGAGCGCACCCAUACCGGUGAAAAACCGUUUGGUUGCACAAUCUGUGGUAGAGCUUUUACCACAAAGGGGAAUCUUAAGGUUCACAUGGGGACUCACAUGUGGAAUAAUGCCCCUGCACGCCGUGGCCGACGCCUCUCCGUGGAAAACCCCAUGGCUUUGCUUGGUGGUGAUGCUCUCAAGUUCUCUGAGAUGUUCCAGAAGGAUUUGGCAGCUCGGGCCAUGAAUGUUGACCCCAAUUUUUGGAACCAAUAUGCUGCAGCUAUCACUAACGGACUUGCUAUGAAGAACAAUGAGAUUUCUGUCAUACAGAACGGAGGCAUUCCUCAGCUCCCAGUAAGUCUAGGCGGAGGCGCCAUCCCGCCUCUAAGUAACCUUACCGGUGGCAUGGACAAAGCUCGCACGGGCAGCAGCCCUCCCAUUGUCAGUCUGGACAAAGCAAGUUCUGAAACGGGAGCCAGUCGUCCAUUCACCAGAUUUAUUGAGGAUAAUAAAGAGAUUGGCAUAAAUUAA